UCAUGCAGAGGACGAACAGAGCAUAAACAGAACAUCUUUGUAUCAGGAAGUCAAUAAUUCAUAUAUGACAAUUAAAAAGCAGCAACAAGAUGUGUUAGGUUUCUUGGAAGCCAACAAAAUCGAAUUUGAGGAAAAGGAUAUCGCCGCCAAUGAGGAGAAUCGGAAAUGGAUGCGUGAGAACGUGCCUGAAGACAGCCGGCCAGCAAGCGGGAACCCCCUGCCGCCCCGGCUCUUCAACGACAGCCGGUACCUCGGGGACUACGAAGCUUUCUUUGAAGCUCGAGAGAACAACGCGGUAUAUGCGUUCUUAGGCUUGACUGCGCCACCUGGUUCAAAGGAAGCUGAAGCACUGGCCAAGCAGCAAGCGUGAAUUUCAACUGCCUUAAAUGUUCUGUAAAGGGAAUUUCCACAGCUUUUUAUAAAAUAGUACAAUUGUCUCUGCUUCAAGAAAUGUAGAUGUGAUUUCUAACAUUUGAUUGGUGCUUGCAGCAUUCACCGUAUGUCAUACAAAUUUGAACACAAGAUGAAAAUGUGAACAUAAAGGUAGAGAGCAGAGGGUGUAUUAUUACAAAGUUGGAAGCAUAGGAAACUGAAGCAAUUAGACAGGAAUGAUUUUCACAUAGUUUAAGCUGUCUUGGCAAUUCAUCCGUUUUGUGUAAACUUAAAGAAACUAUUUUAAUACUAAUAAUACAGAUGGGGUUAUACCUAGAGAUCCAACUAUUUAAAAUACGGAAAACAGCAUCUAAAACCUUGUCAGAUACUAACUUUAGUGCCUGAGUUGCCUCAAAAACAUUACUGAAUUACACAGUAAUUUUUCAGUGUCUCUACUGGUUUCAGAUGAAAUUGUAGGUGGUAUUGUGUAGUAUAGCCAUUGUAGUCACUUUUGAAAGUUGUGUUUGUUCUUUUGUAGAAUGGAUAUUUAAGAUUUGUAUUGUAACACACUGUACAGAUGAUAAAAGAAAAAAAAUUGCCAUGUAUUUCUCAUUUAAGUGAUCCGUGUGGGCUCUUUUGACAAAGAAAAAGGGAUCUGGGCAAUGGACAGCCUUGCCAUUGGCAAUUUCAUCACACAGCUGCCUAAGCAUGACUUGACUACAUGUCUGCAAGAGUCGGUGCCCCUCAGCUGAGUAUGCGCUAAUUCCCAGGCACCGUUGCAAAUAAGCCAAAAUGGCCAGAAAUGGCAUUUCCUUACCUGUGUAAGGGUGAAAGCCUUUAAUGUAUUUCUCUACAAAAAUACCAGUUCACACUCCUUAUAGCAUUAGGCAUCUUACUGCAUGUUCAUGUAGUCAUUAGAUUCAUAUAGUAUUUUUUCAAACAAGGAAGUAAAUGUUUGAAUAGCAAGAACUAUUGUAAUUAAUCAAGACUUUUUUUUUUUAAGGUUUAAAAACUUAUUUCCAUUGUUACUGCCAUAUCGCAAAGCUAUUACAGGAAUUGUGAAUCUAUUAAAGUGUCUUGCAGUGGUGAAUUUACCAUGUGCAAUAUUAACCUGUCUGUUCUCCCAGCGCUCCUGAGAUGGUCUGUAUGUCUUGGCCAUGUUCUUUC